AUGACCCUGCAGCCUCAUCCCUACACUAAUCAGCCUGCAGAAACAACUAUGCAAAUCCACUCUGAAGAUGUUGAACAUGAUGAUGUUUAUGAUGCAAUGCGAAGAGCCUUGCAGGAUGGGACUGCCUUUGAUGAGUCCAAGUAUUCCAGUGAUCCUUUUAGUAAUGAAGAUGAAGAUGUGGUAGGAGAUGGAUAUGCAGAUAAAGCUAAUGCCAUAGACUCAUCUGGUGAUCAUUACCAGGUUGCUGUUGUCCUCACUACACCACACAACGUGGACUAUACACAAGAGAUCAUGAACAAGGUUACUACUUCUGAUGAUGUGCAAGUCACUAGGGGAGGCAAGGCAACGGUUUCCCGCCUUGUGGAUUAUUCAGACUCUGACAGCGAUUAG